AUGGAAGAGCAGCCCGUCCAGGUGAGUGACAAAGAACGAGUGGUGUUGCGAGAAGACAGCCGUCAAAGGCGACGACGGAAAGCCAUCAUGUCGUCGUCCUGCGCAUCAAUGGAUCACAUCGCCGUGGAAUUUGUUCUCCCCACGGUGGCGCGGGGCUCUGACUGUCCUGACUUGCUGCAACUGGAGGUCGCGGGAAACUGGACAGUGGAACAGGUGAAGGCUCAAGUAUGGCUCAAUGCGGUGACGUCGAACCUCUGCCCGGAAUUUUAUCAACGGUUUUCUCCGGACCAUUGCAUCCUUCUAUACCAGAAGAAAGGCAACACUUGCGAAAUCUACGACAAGCACCAAGUCUUCCAGACGCUGGACUGCGUACGCUAUUGGAGAGCGCUGAAGAAGGAGGUGGGCCGAAUCAAACUGGUGCCCCGUCCGCAGCCCUCUGAUGAGACCCUUCAGUACCAGCGGUAUCUCAACUAUCUAAUCGGCUACGACGUAACUGACGUCAGCAACGUGCACGACGACGAACUGGAGUUCACACGUAGGAAGCUGCUGACGCCGCGACGCCUCGAGUUGUCGGAUCGUGAAGCCAAGCUCUACUCCAUGGACCCUUGGGUGACACAUAAGCUGCUGCCUGAGCACCUCCUAGGGAAGGUCAGUAACGGUCACAUCCUGGUGGUAAUCCACAUCAGCACAGCCAGUCAAACCAUCAAAGUGUCCAUCGAAGAUACACCAGCUCAGGUUUUGUCCAGCUUCUUUUCCAAAAUGGCAAAUAAGAGAGGGUUGCUGGGCAUGCCUGACAACACGUGCGAGGCGGACUAUGUGUUGCGUGUGUGUGGCAGAGAGGAGUACCUGUAUGGAGAAGAACCACUGCAGAAUUUCAACUGGAUCCGUCAGUGUCUGAAGAAGGGCGAGGAGAUCCACUUGGCUCUGGAGACACUGCCAGACCCAGAAUUGGAUAUAGUCCAUGAGGAGGACUGGGCCCAGGUGGAUGAUUGCACUGGAGUUGCCGGAACACAUGAACAGCUGACCAUCGACGAGAAGGACCACGAGCGAGUGUUCACCGUCUCUAUGUGGGACUGUGACCGGAAGUUUCGUGUAAAGGUGUUGGGAAUCGACAUACCAGCGCUUCCUAAAAUUCCGGACUUUGUUGUGUUUAUUGAAGCUAGCAUCUUUCACAGUCAGCAGCUUCUUGCUCAGGAGCGGACGACCCCUAAAGCCUUUAGUGAAGAGGUGUUGUGGAACUGCUGGUUGGAGUUUAACAUUAAAAUCAAGGACCUGCCUAAAGGGUCCCGACUCAACCUCCAGGUUGUAUGCAGGAAACAACCGCAAACACCAAACUCAAAAGGAUCUUCCUGCCAGGAUAACGCAUCAGGAAGUCACGACGGUAAGUCCGUGAACCUCCGCAAAGCAUUCCCCAACUCAUUUGCUUCCAUUCCCCAAGGCAAAACCAAGAACCGCCUCUUGUACUACGUCAACCUGCUACUGAUCGACCACAGGUCGCUGCUUCGCCAAGGCGAAUUCGUCCUGCACAUGUGGAAAAUGCCUGAGAAAAGCGAAGAGAGCAGCAGCAGCAGCAUCAACGCCGACAAGCUAACAUCAGCCUCCAACCCGGAUAAGGCUUCAUCCAUGGCCAUCGCCAUUUUGCUGGAUAAAUACUGCUAUCCUGUGGUGCUUCCCAAGAGCCGUGAUCUGAGUCGGGACGCCAGGGCGGAAGACGCCGAAGGGCGCGAGCGAGUUCAAAGGGAAAUGCCGAACCAUUUGAAGAAACAAUUUGGCGCCAUUGUGGCUACUGACCCACUUCAUCCUUUGAGUCCUGAAGACAAAGAGUUGCUCUGGCAUUUCCGACACGAGUGUAUGCGUGAUCCUAGGGCUUAUCCAAAGCUGCUAUCGUCUGUCCGGUGGGGAAACCAGGAAGAUGCCCUCGCCACGCAUCAGAUGUUGGAGCGCUGCACUGCAUGGGACAGCAGCGUUUUAGACGUCGGCCUAGCCAUGCAGUUGCUAGACUGCCACUACUCUGACGCUCAAGUCCGCUCCAUGGCCGUGAGGAAGUUGGAGACCCUGGAGGACGCCGACGUGCUUCGAUACCUUCUCCAGCUUGUUCAGGCAGUGAAGUUUGAGCCCUAUCAUGAUAGCGCACUAGUCCGGUUCCUGCUCAAAAGAGCGCUAAAGAGUAAGCGUAUCGGCCAUUUUCUCUUCUGGUUCCUGCGCAGCGAGAUCGCUCAGUCCAAACAUUACCAGCAGAGGUACGCGGUUCUAUUGGAGGCCUACCUGCGAGGCUGCGGCGAGGCCAUGCUGCAGGAUUUUGGGAAACAGGUGGAGGUGACUGAGGCGCUGCAGAAAGUCACACGAGAGAUUAAGACGAUGUCUCCGGACAAGUAUGACGUCACGGCGCAAGUGGUGUGCCAGAUGCGUCAGAAGUUGGAGCUCCUACAGUCGUCUGGUCUCCCUGAGGGUUUCAGGGUCCCAUAUGAUCCUGGACUAAGAGCUGGAAGCUUACUGACUGAACAGUGUAAAGUGAUGGCGUCCAAGAAGAAGCCACUUUGGCUGCAGUUCAAAAGGGCCGACCCCACCACUCUGUCCAAAGACCCCAUUGGGAUCAUCUUCAAGCACGGUGAUGACCUCAGACAGGACAUGCUCAUCCUACAGAUUUUGCUGAUCAUGCAGUCCAUUUGGGAGACUGAAUCCCUAGACCUGUGCCUAUUACCUUACGGAUGCAUCUCUACCGGAAACAGAAUAGGUAUGAUAGAAAUCGUCAAGGACGCCACUACCAUUGCAAACAUCCAGCAGAGUGUCGUCGGAAGCACCGGAGCCUUCAAAGACGAAAUCCUUCAUCAGUGGUUGCGCGACAAGUGUGUUAGCGAAGACAAGUUUCAGCAAGCUGUGGAGAGGUUUUUGUAUUCCUGUGGCGGCUACUGUGUGGCCACAUUUGUUUUGGGUAUAGGCGAUCGCCACAAUGACAACAUCAUGAUCACCGAAUCGGGAAAUCUCUUCCAUAUUGACUUUGGUCACAUCUUGGGAAACUACAAGAGCUUCAUGGGAAUUAGUAAGGAGUGGGUUCCUUUUGUGCUUACGCCAGAUUUUCUGUAUGUCAUGGGAACGUCAGGGAAGAAAAGUAGCCCUCAUUUCCAGAAAUUCCAGGACGUGUGCGUGAAAGCUUACCUCGCUUUGCGACACCACACCAACUUACUCAUCAUCCUCUUCUCCAUGAUGUUAAUGACUGGAAUGCCCCAGCUGACCAGCAAAGAGGACAUCGAGUACAUCCGCGAAGCGUUAACUGUCGGCCGCAGCGAGGAUGAAGCGCAGCGUCACCUGCUGGACCAAAUCGAGAUCUGCAGGGAAAAAGGCUGGAUGGUGCAGGUUAACUGGUUUGUUCACCUGGUGCUGGGGAUAAAGCAGGGGGUGGAGAAACGCUCCACAUGA